AUGAAAAAACGCCAUACGAAUACCUUAGUACUUCGUAAGCCCCAUUACUUAGUACUUCGUAUCACCUUAGUACUUCGUAAGCCCCAUUACUCCUCCGGUCCCCUAUGGUCAUCCCUUCGGCGACCACCGAAUGAAAUAGCCACUAUGAAACUAAAGGUUCCUUCAUAUAUUACACCUGAUCUUCUACGAGGGCUGUCUGGGAUUACAAGCAUCGAGUUUGCUCAGUCUUUUGCAGCGGUAGCGGUUAUCACUCAUCUCCGAUCUUCUUUAUGCUUCGUAUCUUACAGGGAUCUUUGGCAUCUAAAUUUCAGCAGGCCUUGUGGCUUUCGCGUCCAACUUCUAACUCGUUCCAUAGGACUUCUCAAUGCUUUUGUCAGAUUCUUCAUAGAAUCGGUGGUCCAAGCACCAGUUUCUUGCACAUUCAUGGAGCGCGGUCCUGGUCGGAAGUCAUUCGGAAGUGGUUUCCUCAUACUACUGUUGGCAGUAGCUGCUAGUGGAGGUGCUGCAUACUAUUGGUAUUUCGAAAACGAAGAGAAAAAAGGAGGACAUGAGGCGGAUUUCUUGCUCAAAACAGUUACUGCACCUACAUCGAUAUCCAAGGUUCCUGAGCAAGCGGUAAGCCAGGAAAAAGACCCCAUAUCACAAAGAACACAGCAUGGAACCAUAGAAAAGAUGCUGAAGACAUCUUUACAGUCUGCUAUUGAAAAAGUACAUUCAGCAACAGAAGCAAAAUACAGAACAGUCGAUGUUAUAAAUGAACAUACGCGUGUAAUGAAACGAACAGUUGAUGAAGGCGAAAAGGGAGAUUGGACACAAGUGACAAGUGCACUCCAAAAAGUUGAAAAAGCUGCGAAUAAUGAUGCUAUGGAGGAGAAUGAUGCCAGGAAUUAUUUGGAUAGCGUCAGGAAGAUAAUCGAACAAGGAGAAGCAGCCGAACCUACUCGCAGUAAUCCUUUGCUACAAAAUGCUCGUGAAACUAUCCAUAAACUUGAUCGGCAACUUGAUGAAAUGAAUUUAAUAAUCAAAAAAACUCGUGAUGAAGGACGUAUUCUCAGUGAAUACAAAGAUUUGAUUGAUAAGAGUCGGAAACAGUUUGCAUCGGAGUUGAAAUCAGUUCUUCCUAAUGUUGAUAUUCACGCCCAAGAUUCUAAGUUAAACGAAGAAGAAUUGAAUGCAUUAAUUGCACAUGCACAUUUGAAAGUGGAUCAGUUAAGGAAACAGCUUGCCGAACAGCAAGUUCGCGAAAAACAAAAUAUUGCAUGCGCUUUAGAAGAACAAAAAAAAUCCCAAAGUAAACUAAACGAGGAGGAAGUAAAUCUAAAAGUGCAAGCACUACGUGAAGAAAUCCAGUUAGAAGCUGAGAAAAUGCUUUCCACGCAAAGACAACUUUGGGAAAUCGAACUGGAAGAAAAGUUACAAAGAGCAGCUGCUGCUCAUUCGGACCAUAUUGAAGAAGUUGUGCGUGUGCAAAGAAGUCUUUUUGAAAUUGAAGAGAAACAGAAGAUAGAAGGGGCGAUUAUCGAAGAGCGUUCUCAACUUAGCAAGGAGUUAGCAGCCGCACAGGGUAAACUAGAGGGGAUCGAAACUGCCUUAAAGUCACGAACUUCACAGGAUAUCGAAAAUCGCCGUGCUAAGCAAAUAUGGAUACUGUCCCAUAAUUUGAUCGAUUCCGUGAUACAUGGACGAAGAGGUGGUACUGAUGAUGAUGCACGCCGUAAACCACUGGCAGCUGAGCUUCAAAUGAUUCGAGAAGCUGACAGUAAUGAUGAAUUUGUGGCGUGUCUGGUUAAUGCACUUCCAGAUGAAACAAUAUAUAAUGGUGUAUAUACUGAAGAAGAUUUGAAGGCAAGAUUCAGUAAGCUAUAUAAAAUCUGUCGCCGAGUAGCCAAAAUGGAUGAAAACAAUGUUGGGGUAUUCCAGUAUGGUUUAUCAUGUUUGCAGAAUGCGAUGUCCUUCGAUCCUCCUGGGAAAUUUUCAAAAAUGGCAAAAUUUGAUCCGAUGACAUUGGAUUCAUAUGAAAUACUAUCAAGAGCAAAAAGUUUUGUCGCGGAAGGGGAUUUGAAUUCGGCGGUACGGAUUCUACAACUUUUGACGGGUCCAGCAAGAUUUAUAGCACGUGACUGGAUAAAUGAUGUACGAACACAUCUUGAAGCACGCUUCGUUGCUGAAUUGCUUGUUGCUCAUGCCGCUGUCAAUAAUUAUUCAUCUGUAUAUUGA